AUGACGACGACGACGCCGCCCUCUAUGAUGGCCAGCGGCUCGACUUCGUCAGGUUUGCCUCCAACGACAACAGCAGCAAGACAGCGACGGUUUGCGCCGGUGCUUGCGACGGGGAUGGCCAGGCCAGGCGAUGUGGGCCGACGGCGACGGAGGGCCGGUGUCGAGUCGAUAGGUGCCAAGAGGACGAUGAAGAAGAAUAGAAAGACAAAGGCAAAGGCGAGGCGCACGCUCCUGACCAACAUCACCGACCUGCCGCCGAAGCUCGUCGUGACGCUCGAGCGCGGCUUCUGCAGGCACGGCCGCUACAUCUCCAAGCACCCGAUCCAGACGCUCCUCGUCGCUUGCCUCAUCAUCACGUCGCUCUUCUAUCCCGCCGUCGGCAUAUACCUCUGGAGCUCAAAAGGCGGGCCGGGCGUGACGCGAGGCGAUGCAAGGAGCGUCUGGCGCAGCCUCAGCACCCCGCUCCUAGACUCGUUUGCCAGCAGCGGGCGCAAGCACCACAACAGUCUCCGAGACCUGCGCAUGAUCUGGGACGAUGCACCCGACCUUCGCGCCGUCGACGCCCGCGACGCCAGAUCAUUUCUCGGCGCAAUGACACCCUCGCCCCUGGGCCUCUUUCCGCAGCCACACGACGACGGCGAGGGGGACGGCGACGAGGCCGCCAAAAAGGAGGAGGAGGGCCAAAAGUGCCGCGUAGUCACUGUCGAACACGUCUUUGUGACGACCGACGACGUCAUGCUGGGUCUGGGUCCUCGCUAUGGUGCUCUCGAUGUCCCCAUCCUCCACUCGGCUCUCAACCUGCAGCGGGCCAUCGAGGCCAGCAUCUCGACGAACCACACGUGCGUCCGACCCGGUCAGCUUCCAGGGGAAGAAGCAGGGGAAAACGAGCAACAGCAAUACGAGGGCGGCUGCCUCAGCCUCUCGCCGCUCUCCUUCUGGUCGCAUGACGACCAGGCACUGCUCUCGGACCUUGCCCCGACUUCGACCAUCCUCAAUUCCAAGCUCAAUCUGACCGACCAGGGCGUGCCUCUGAGCCUCACGACAACGCUGGCAGGCAGGAGCCAUCUCUUUACCAAGCUGCCCCGUGCGGACCACCUCGCUCUGACCUUCUUUCUCGAGACGGACGAGGAGGCGUGCAGCAAGUCGAGCAGCCGGGAGCCAUUAAAGAGGCAGCGAGAAGAGACCGAGAGUCAUCGGGCCUGGAUCAAGAUGCUGCAGACAGUCACCGGCGGGCAAGUGUCAAUUGUUCGGUCCGAGCACAAGUCGGCAAAGGAGCUUCAGCUGCAAUUUGUUCCGGGCCUCUCGAAGAAGACGUCGGCGAGGCAGGGCGCCCUUCUAGCCAUGGGCUACCUCGCUGUCCUCGUCUGGAUCUCGCGCAGCCUCAUGAGGAUGCGCAAGGUUCACUCACGCUUCGGUCUCGCCUUCACCGGCAUCAUCGAGCUCAUCAUCAGCAUGACGCUGGCCGUGAGCGUGUGUGCGCUCAGCGGCAUCCGCCUUACACUCGUGCCCUGGGAGAUUCUGCCCUUUGUCGUCGUCGUGAUUGGAUCGGAAAACAUGUUCACCCUGACACAAGCCGUCUACUCGACACCCGUCUCGCUCACCGUGCCCAGUCGGGUCGCAGCCGGGCUCGCAAAGGUCGGCGUCACCGUCACUGUGACGGUGCUCUCCGACGUUCUGCUCAUGGCCACGAUCGCCAUGGUCGUCGACGUACGCGCCGUCCGAGAGUUCUGCAUCUUUGCCAUCUUCUCCCUCAUCGUCGAUUACUUUAUGCAGAUGACAUUCUACGUCACAGUCCUCAGCAUUGACAUGCAGCGGCUAGAGCUCGCCGACCUUCUCUCGCAAGGCGGGCUAGAUGGCGGUGAGAACGACGACAACGCAUCCGUCACUUCCUCAUCUCCAGGCCUGGCCUCUUCGGACGAAGGCGAUGUCAAGAAGAAGAAGACUCCGGGCGAGAAUAUCAUUGCAAUGAGCUGCCGGACCAUGUGGCGAGCGAGGACGGCGAGAACCUUGAGCCUGUCGCUGCUCCUCGCCCUCAUGUUUGGCAUCUAUCUCUAUCACGGGUCAGGCUAUCCAUCCCACCACUCGUACCCGUUUAAAGAGCAGCACAAUUUGUCGACUCCAUCGUCUUCGACCUCGUCCUCAUCUCUUACCACCGCGACGGCCUUCGACCCUUAUUCUCACCUCGCAUCCGAGGUGUCGAGGGCUCCCUGGUGGCACGACUCACCCUCUGCGUCCUUUUGGCAGGCGCUGAACCCCGCCGAUGCGCCAACUAUCCGGGUUCUCGUCGAGCCGUGGACGGUUGUGUCGCUUAGGUCGUCUGGCACGAGGCCCAACGUGGUCCCCUUUGCCAGCUGGGCGCUCUUUCGUCCCAGGGUGAGGGCCAUUAUCUGGUUCAUCAAGCUCGUCGUCCUGCCAAUCGCCGGCACUACGGCCAUCCUAUGGGUGGUGUUACUGUACCUGCUCAAGGACACUGAGCUUCUCGACGCGCAGCGAAACAAGUCGGACGCUGGUGAAGAUGAGAUGAGAGCGAGUGAUGAUGACGACGAUUCCGAUCGGGCGGACAACGGCGACGAUGACGAUGAGCAAGACGACCUGAACUUGAGCUUGUCCAUCGGUCCAAAGGCACAUGCGACGGAUGUGGAACUGGUCAUUACGACGGGAGGUUACGUCGUGAGCGCUGCGACAGACUCCUCGCUGAGUGUUUGGCGACCGUCUUCCUCCAUGGCAUCGGCCCCGACGAAACGAGCCACCGCCGGUGUCGGUGGGCGGACGACCGUCCGCCAAUUUCCUGCCUCUGCUAUCACAGCCCUUGAUGCCUCAUCAGAGUGGGACCUCGUGGUGGUUGGCUUUGCCUCGGGCGAUGUCGCGCUUCUCCAUCUGGCCACAUUGCGUCCGUAUCAGGGUCCGUCCUCGGCAACGACCAGUCCGAGUCGGGUCCAAUAUCUAAAGAUCCUUCCGCCCAACGAUGUUGGAAACAACGAAGCGAGAGUCGUUUCUGUUCACCGGGACGGCAGCCUGUAUGCGCGCAGCGUUACAAAGCGGCCAGUCGCGGUGCGGAAUGCUGCACAGACCGAGGGAGUAGCGUGGACCGCAGUGGACGCCGGUGACUGCAUCGCCCUCUGCUCUUCCGACCGACGCAUGGUCGUAGGCCGAGUCGUCGACGAGCGCUUCGAUGUGCUUCUGGGUGUGCAGGAAGAGCCCGGUGUCUUCUUUCGAUGUGCUGCCCUGUCCUCGCUCUCCUUUUCGAGGGCAAGCGUUUCUACUUCGGUGACACGAGGCGGCUCUGCGAUGGACAAGACAAUCAUCGCGGGCACCACAAAGGGUACCAUUGUAGCUUGGGACGUUGUGAGCGGAGAGGAAGUGGCGAGGAUCGAGCUGAACGACGGACCGGUGACGAGGUUGAAGACUGUCCCGAGUCGUCGGUUGGCUUUCUCGAGAGGGGAGGAAUUCUCCAAGCUGGUCGAUGUCGUCGUCGCUAGCAGCUCUUCAAUGGUGACCGUGUUGGCACUUGGCACAAGCCAGAUUGCAAGAGUUAAUGGUCAACAACAGGAAGGAUUGGCGCCGCCCUCGCCGACACAUCUGCGCACCCCGAUGCGAAGGCUGGGCUCAACGUCAAAUGGCUUGUCAAAUGGCGGCUCGCUCUCGCCGGACCCUACCGUGGCACAAACGAACGGGUUCGAAAAGCACCAGCGCGUUGGGUCUCACAGCAGCCGCAGGCGCAGCUUCACAGAUCAGACGUCGUCGAAUUUCUCUCAGGACUCACAUGACGAUCACGACGAGGCUGUAGGGGAGGACGAGGUGGGCGAGGUGCCUGCGGAGAUCGGCGCGGUCGUCAGACUAGCUUCCGUAGUCAGUCCGAGGGGCGGCGCGGACAUUGUCGGAAUGCAGGACGGGGCGGCAAAAUUGCUGGGUGUGUGCAGGAGGACCGACUCGUUGUCGAAUGCGUACGAAGACCCGUCCAGCGCCCGGUGGGAGGUAUGGCAGAUGGAUUUGGCGCGUCUGCUUCUGCAUCAGCAUCAAGUGGGAGGACCAGGACCGGUGUUAGGAGGGUGGACGGAUCAAUUUACGAGGAGGAUACCCUUGGACAUUGAGGAAAAUCUCAUCGGCGAGGCACAGCGGCUCUCAUUUACAAGAAUCAGAGCAUCGUCGGUACUUUGCGUCGAGAACAGGCCUACGCCGUCGUCUAAGAGAAAGAGCAAGCUGGCUUUCUCAUUUGGAAACAGCGUCGCCUUGCUCAGAGUCACGGCGCCCCUCAUCGCCGCGAUUCGAGAGGAGCCAUCCUCGGCCGAGUCUCUCCGGAGGAGGAAGCGCAGGGAAAACGGCUCCGUUCUGGCAUCGCCGAGCACACCGACACGCUUGUCGAUGCCCAGACGGUAA